AGAGCAACUCACCCUUCACUUACACACAGAAUCAUCUUAGAGUACUACAUUGUCUCCAAUUCUCUUCCUUUUUAGCAGAAAAAUGGGUUACUCCAAGACUUUUCUUCUCUUUGGUCUUGUCUUUGCUGUUGUGCUUCUUAUCUCCCAUGUCUCAGCUCGUGAGCUGCUUGCUGAGGCCGCUCAAACCCAGGAAACUGAGGCUGUGGAGGAGGUCAACUAUGGUGACCAUAGCCACGGGCAUGGACAUGGUCACCACGGCCACGGACAUGAUCAUCGUCAUCAUCUCCAUCAUCAUGGCCAUCAUCACGGUCACCAUGGACACGGUGCUGCAGGCGAGACAGAAACUGAAAACUGAAAAGUGAAACUAACAAAAAUUAGACAAAUUAAAUCCUUCGUCGUCCUAUGCUAUCUUUGUAUCUAAGCUUGUAAUGCCAAUAAGGUUGCAGUACUGGUUGUGUAGAUUAUAAACUCUCAACCACAGCAGCUCUAUAAGGUUUAUCUUUCUGCUUGUUUCAUGUGUAUUAAUUCUGCUUUUUAUAUAUGUAUUAAAAUAUGCUUCAA